GCUCAUUCCCUAUCAUCUAAUUGUAAGCUGAGCCAUACAAAACAAUUCCUCCUUUCUCUCUUUCCCUCUCUUCCUCUAUCAAAUGAAAUCACUCGCCUCUCUUCUUCUUCUUCUCCUUCAUCAUCAUCAUCUAAUACUGCCUCGCAUCCUUAUCUCCUCUAUCUCUACCAAUGUCUUUUUCCGAUUCUGAGUCUUCCUCCUCUCAUGCCCGCGACGGCGGAGACUAUAAGUUUUUCCGUCAGAUCAGCCGCGAUCGAUUGCUACAUGAGAUGCUUGGAUCUACGAAAACGGGGGAUUCAAAAGCUUGGAAGAUACUUAUCAUGGAUAGAGUUACCGUAAAAGUCAUGUCUCAGUCUUGCAAAAUGGCAGAUAUCACAGAUCAAGGCAUCUCCUUGGUAGAAGAACUUUUUAAGAGAAGGGAACCAAUGCCUGGCAUGGACGCUAUCUACUUUAUCCAACCAACCAAAGAGAACAUUGUUAUGUUUCUAUCAGACAUGUCUGGGAGGGAACCCUUGUACAGGAAGGCAUAUAUAUUUUUCAGCUCAACUAUCCCCAAAGAAUUAGUGAAUCACAUCAAAAGUGAUUCAAGUGUAUUGCCACGCAUUGGAGCAUUAAGAGAGAUGAACAUGGAGUACUUCCCCAUAGAUAAUCAGGGAUUUCUCACUGAUCAUGAGCAAGCUUUGGAAAUGCUCUAUGCUGAAGAUGCUGAGAAUUCACGCCACUUUAAUAUUUGUUUGAAUAUGAUGGCAACUAGAAUUGCUACCGUCUUUGCUUCAUUGAAGGAGCUGCCCUUUGUUCGGUAUCGAGCCGCAAAGUCCACGGCACCACGGGACUUGGUUCCCUCAAAGCUAGCUGCUGCGGUUUGGGACACUAUCUCAAAAUAUAAAGCCAUUCCUAACUUCCCCCAGACCGAAACAUGUGAGCUGCUCAUAGUGGAUAGAUCGGUGGAUCAGAUCGCUCCUAUCAUCCAUGAAUGGACCUAUGAUGCUAUGUGCCAUGAUUUGCUUGAUAUGGAAGGCAAUAAACAUGUUAUUGAGGUUCCCAGUAAAACUGGGGGGCCUCCGGAGAAAAAGGAGAUAGUGCUUGAAGAUCAUGAUCCAGUGUGGCUCGAGCUUCGACACACGCAUAUAGCAGAUGCUAGCGAGCGUUUGCAUGAGAAAAUGACCAACUUUGCCUCAAAGAACAAAGCCGCACAAAUGAGAUCAAAAGAUGGUAGCGAGUUGUCUACACGUGAUCUGCAGAAAAUAGUUCAGGCAUUGCCACAAUAUGGAGAGCAAGUGGACAAACUAUCCACUCAUGUAGAGCUAGCUGGAAAAAUUAACAGAAUAAUCAGAGACACGGGACUUAGGGAUCUAGGGCAGCUGGAGCAAGAUCUUGUUUUUGGAGACGCAGGUGCCAAGGACGUUAUCAAUUUUCUGAGGACAAAUCAGGACACAAACCCGGAAAACAAAUUACGACUAUUGAUGAUAUAUGCAACAGUGUACCCAGAGAAGUUCGAAGGUGACAAGGGCGUAAAGCUAAUGCAGCUUGCUAGAUUAUCACCCGUGGAUAUGAAGGUUAUAAGCAACAUGCAAUUGAUUGCUGGAUCUCCUGAAAACAAGACCAAAUCCGGUAGUUUCUCCCUCAAAUUUGACGCCGGAAAGACAAAACAAGCAAACAGGAAAGAUCGGUCUGGUGAAGAAGAAACAUGGCAACUAUUCCGGUUUUAUCCAAUGAUCGAGGAGCUACUUGAGAAACUCGUGAAAGGCGAUCUAUCUAAAAGCGAUUAUCUGUGUAUGAACCAGUCAAGUCACAAGGAGGAGAUCAGUGAACCACGAGCAGGAUCAGUGCGGAAGACUUGUGCUCCUACAGCGGUUCCAGAGCGGAAAGCCACCCCUCAUUCUAUGAGAUCGAGAAGAACUGCAACUUGGGCUCGUCCUUCUUCUUCUGAAGAUGCCUAUUCCAGCGACUCAGUGUUGAAAAGUGCUUCUACCGACUUGAAGAAGCUGGGGAAACGCAUCUUCGUAUUCAUUAUUGGUGGCGCAACUAGAUCCGAGCUCCGAGUUUGCCACAAGUUGACAAGCACCUUGAGGAGAGAAGUGGUACUAGGCUCCACGAGUUUCGACGAUCCCCCACAGUACAUCACGAAGCUGAAACUGCUGUCGGAGAAAGACAUAACAGGGGCUCCUGAUCAACCCUUCAAACCACAAUACUGGUGAACUUGUUGACAACAACAAAAGAAGUGAGUUUUGUUGCAACUGAGAGAACAGCAAAAAAAAAGAAAAAAGUUAGUUUUGUUGCAAUUGAGAGAAGAGCGGAUAUUAGUCAACCAGCAUACAUUGACUUGUUAUUGUUCUUGCUUCUCCUUGACCCCAACCCUA